AUGAGUACAAGAUCUGUUGAGGACUUUGCCGGGUUUGACAUUGCUCAAAACAAUAAUACACAAGUUGAUUCUUCUGGCUUGGAGCCUGAAGAUCAACUCCUUGAACAAUCCAUCCUAGACAAGACCGAUACAGAAAAUUGUCCACCAUCACCAACGAGUAGUGUGGACAGUGAUGAUUAUUCAAUUUUAAGAGAUGAUUCUAUGGAUGAUUUGAUGAGGGAGAUUGACUCUAUGCAUCAACAACCAAUUGGUAAAAAGACAGAAAAGUCUCCAAAACCAAUUUUGAAGAAACCCAUCCCAUCUACAGUUGCCAACAAACAUGUAAACUUCCCAACAACAUCAACACCUCCAAUAACUACUCAAACUAGCGCAAUUACUCCCCCAAUAACUACAACAAAUACUCCUACAUCUCAACCUGAAAAGAUGUCCAAUAAGGAAAAUCAAGCUGUUGAACAUCCAAAUGUCAUGAAGAAAACUACUGUCAAGGAAACCUUGUCAAUUGAUACACAAAAGCAAAUUGAAAAGCUAUUGAAUGAAAAUUGUGAUCUGAAACUUGAACUCACUGCUUUGAAACGUGAAUUAAUGGCAACCAAGAAGCAACAAAAGAAAGCUCACAAACAUUACAAGAAGGUUGAAAGUGAAUAUCAAACCAUGAAACAAAACCAAUGUGUUCUAAUGGAAAAAUUAGAAAAGACUUCACAUGAAAAGACAUCACUUGUAUCUCAAUUCAAGAAACAAACACAAAAACAAAAGAGUGAAGAAAAGUUUAUUGAAGAAUGUAAAAAGAUCAAGGAAUCUGUGAAUACUGUAAUGAGUGUUUCUGAGCUCCACAAACAGCUCAAAAAUAAGACAUGGCACGAAUGUACCAUUGAAUCGAAUGCACAACUUUCUCAAAUUGCUGAAGAACUCUCAGACAAUGACCUUACCGAUAGUGAAUUGAAGAAGUUCACAAUCGAGUUGAUUAAGGAAUACAUUGAGAAGAAUAUGACUGUCAAUGAUUUGAAGAAUAAUGUUGUAGAGCUAGGCUUGAAGAAGGAACAGGAUUACCGAGAGAUGUUUGCCACUCUAUGCUCAUUCCAAUCUAAGGUAGAAUCAACUAGUGUGGCUCCUUCCUCGAAGAAAACGAGUUCACACAAUACUAGGAAACCAACUAGAAAGUAA